AUGCUCAGAACACGCUUGCGGAAGACUGAAAGAGCGCGGUCUAACAUAAGUAAAUAUAAGCAUGCUUAUGAAGAAGUGAAGCGCGGGACUUCUUUACGCAGAGCUGCGGAAAUGCAUAACAUUAACCGCAUGUCGUUGUUGCGAUACAUCCGCAAACGUGAUGAAAUGGGUGCGAAUCACGAUGAAGAUAGCAUCCAUAUGGGUUACGUUGCUCAUAAUAAAGUAUUUUCAAAGGAGCAAGAAGAAGAGCUAUCAAAAUAUAUCAUACGAUGUGCGGAUAUAUAUUUUGGCCUUGCUACAAAAGAGGUACGGAAGCUGGCAUUUGAACUGACAACUAAAUACAACAUAAAACGACCUGCUACUUGGGUAGAAAAUAAUAUGGCUGGUGAAGAAUGGUUCCGUUCGUUUAUUAAUAGAAACCCAUCCCUGUGUCACUACCGUGCAAGACCAGAUAAAGUAGUGGCAAGACGUGGCAUACGGCAAGUCGGAGCUGUUACAUCAGCUGAACGUGGUACAUUAGUAACAGUUGCUUGUGCAGUAAAUGCCUUGGGAAAUGCCAUACCUCCUUUUUUCAUUUUUCCGAGAGUUCGUUAUCAUGAUCACUUUGUUAGAGACGGGCCAGUGGGAUCGAUUGGAACGGCAAAUCCUUCAGGCUGGAUGCAGGAUGAGUCAUUUUUAGUAUUUUUAGAGCAUUUCAUAAAAUUCUCUAAUGCUUCUCUAACACAUAAAGUGUUACUAGUGCUGGACAAUCAUUCCUCUCACAUUCAUAUUAAUACACUGGAUUUUUGCAAAGAAAAUGGAAUCACUCUGCUGUCAUUUCCUCCUCAUUGCUCGCACAAACUGCAACCAUUAGACCGAUCUGUCUUUGGGCCAUUGAAAAAGGCUAUAAAUACUGCUUGUGACGGCUGGAUGAGAAGUCACCCUGGCAAGACAAUGUCUAUUUACCACAUACCAGGUAUCAUCAAGACUGCUAUGCCUCAGGCUUUCACACAAGCGAACAUUCAGGCAGGUUUCAGCAAAACUGGUAUUUAUCCUUUUAAUCGUAAUUUAUUCCAGAAUAUUGACUUUUCGCCAUCUUUUGUAACGGACAGACCAAACCCUGACACCAUUCCUACAACACCAUCUAGUGAUACUAACGCACAAAACCCUGAUUCUUUAGAUAACAAUCCUGGACUCAACAAUAAAGUUCUGCCACCUUCUGAUUCUUUACUGGGGCAAUCUUCGAGUCCAAUCAUAAAUGGAAUUCAGCCAGCAUCUACUUCAACCACGUCGCCUUUGCUUAUGCCUGAAAUUGACUGUGUACAAGAGACUGAUUUAAGAACAGCCACUCCGCCUGUUUUUUCACCUGAAAUUGUUCGCCCUUUUCCGAAAGCUGCUCAAAGAAAAACAAGAGGCACUAGGACAAAAAAGUCAACAAUUUACACAGACACUCCCGAGAAAGAGGCAGUUAGGAAAAAACACGAAGAAAAAGAAAAACGUUUGAAGGCUAAGCAGGUAAAGAGAAACUUAGGUGAAGUAAAGCAAAAUAAGAUAGGGAAAGGAAAAGGCAAAGAAAAAGUCAGUGCCAACAGAAGAAAGACUUCAGAAUCGUCAUCCGAUGAAGAAGAAUAUUUCUGUCUGGUUUGUGUAAGCGCAUAUUCUGAAAGCAGGGUUGGCGAAAAAUGGAUCAAGUGCCAAGGCACAUGUGGACUCUGGGCCCACGUAGAGUGCGCUGGUGAUAAUCACUAUUACAUUUGUCACAACUGUGAUGAUAAAUCUGACUAG